CGCCGGCGCAGGGCGCAGCCCCGGGGCGGAGCUGUCGGCAGCGCCGGGGAGGAGGCGCCGCAGGCGGAGAAGAACCGGGGCUGGCGGGGGCAGCGCGGCGCGGGCGGCGGGGACGCACUGAGGGAGCUGCGAGAGUUGAGGGUGGCCGGGAUCGCUAUCUCCUCUGCCUGUCCGGCUUCCUUCCGACCCCGUGCACCUCUCUCUCUCUCCUGCACGAAAUUUCUGUGGGAGAAAAUGGAUUUCCUGAGUUUGCUGCUUCUUUUCUUCUCGGCAGUGGCUGUGAGCAGAGCUCAGGUGCAGCAGGAGACGGUGGCAGAGACCAGCGAGGGCACCGAAAUCAACAUCACCUGCUCACACCCCAACAUACAGUCAGACGAGUACAUCUACUGGUACCGUCAGCUCCCGGGCCGAGGACCCGCAUUCCUCGUCAGCACCGUUAAAGUCUCCAAGGAAGUGCCGGACCCGGAGGGGCGGCUGUGGGUGUCGGAAGACCGCCGCUCCAGCGCCCUGUGUCUCACCCGGCCCCGGCUCGGCGACGCGGCGGUGUAUUACUGCGCCGUGAACCCACGGGAAGCGAAGCCGGGGCUGCGGCCGGGCACGAACCGCUUAGGGCGGGUCGGGGGCACAGUGCCGUCCGGGCCCGCAGGGGGCGCUGCCUGCAUGGCCGCCAAACUCCAUCCUGACCAGGGUGCAUCUCCCUGAGAGAAACGAGCACGGCACCCGCAGCAGUGAUUUACUGAGGCCAAUGUGAGACAGACACAUCUGUAUUUCAGGUGAGCAAGAUGGCAUAAAUGACUAUGCAAGCUCUGUUGUGCAGCACGGAGCCCUCCUCACAGUUCUGCCAUGUCUGCUAUCCUUGCUUGCUUCCCCGGUGCCACACUGAUGAGAACAGGAGGAGCCCUGUUUCUACGAGACAGCAAUGUGGCUUAUACCCACGCCAUUCCACACAAUUGUAUCUUUUUCCAUAAGCUGAGCAGUGGUGGUGUUCUGGCUUUAAAUAACUACUGGUCUUAGCUGUGGGCAGAAACAUUGCAAGGCAAAGGCUAAUAGUCCCCUGUUCUGCCAUAGACAGAGAGAUCUUGUUCUGCAACGGACAGUGCCCAAGAGAGCAGCCUCUGCAGUGUGUCACAACCUCCCAUUCUUC